UUGUGUUUUGUCUUAAUCAAAUUCUCUCUCACCAGCCUAUUAGUCCAAAAAGAGAGGUGAUUGUGGAGCACAUGCUCUUCUUCUUCAUUAUCAUCUGUCCUUACCAAACCCCGAAAGUUUAGAGUUCGCUUGUACUCUCUCAUAAGAACUAAAAGAUGUCUUCAGAGGAGAAUAACCUUAUAGAAAUCUUGGAGGAAGGUCACAAAGUAGACAUAGCCAAGUACAUUGACUACGUGACCGCCCCACAAGCCGGCGCCAUAGCAACAUUCUCAGGCACCACAAGGGACACAUUCGAGGGGAAAACAGUUAUGGAGCUGAGGUACGAAGCAUACGUACCAAUGGCAACAAGAUACCUCAGCUCCAUCUGCGCAUCCGCUAGAUCAAACUGGGACAUCCAUAAGAUCGCUGUCGCCCACCGUCUGGGGGCAGUUCCUGUUGGAGAAACCAGCGUGUUCGUGGCGGUCUCGUCUGUUCACCGUGGGGACGGUUUAGAUGCUUGCAAGUUCUUGAUUGAUGAGCUGAAGGCUUCGGUUCCGAUAUGGAAGAAAGAGGUGUAUGCUAAUGGAGAGGUUUGGAAGGAGAAUGCUGAGUUUCUGGAGAAGAGGUUGGAGCUUGCAGAAACAAGAGGCAGUUUAGUGAAGAAACAUGUGGCUGGAGAACAUAAGAGAAGUUGCUGUGGAAGUAAAGUUAGAGUACAGGAAGAUGAAGAUCAUACAGACAUAGCAGGAGAUAACAAAGAGUGAUGUUUGUUUUGCUUUCUCUAGUGUUUUUAAAACCGGACCGACCGGUGGUUACACCAGAUUCUUGAAAAUACAGUAAAACCUCUAUAAAUUAAUAAUGUCGGAACUUUGAAAAUUUAUUAAAUUAUAGAGAUAUUAAUUUAUAAAAAAAUUCUUAUUUAGAUUUUUUAUUUUAAGAUAUAUGUAUUUUAAAAUAAGAAAAUUAUUUGAUUU